AUUAUCAUAUUCCAGUAAAGGAGCUCUUCUCCUCCCAGUCACAGAUCUCCGCCCCAGUCAUCUCGAGCUGCCGCUGCUGCUCGGAGCCCGGAUGCGCCGCCAUGCCGACUCUUCCAGCGAAUGGAAUAAUUUAUUCACCAACCUGCCUGACGCUGGGCUUCAGGAGUUGACUGAAGAAGUCAAGGAGACCGUUCCGAGGGUGGAGGAGCCUUAACCGCGGACACACGGGCACGGAUUACCCGCGCUGUGUUUACGUGUGUGUUUGCGUCACUUGACACCGUUGUGUUGAUAUAGGGACACUUGUGUGCUAGCUAGGCUAACGUUAGCUCGAGUGUGGAGAGUGCGCGGUAGUGACAGUCCGGCCGGAGGCGGGGAGAGCCAAGGGGUGAGACUGUUACUUUGAUGGUGACUACUCUGUUGACUGUACGCGAAUAGGUGGACAUCUGGUGCAUAGUAUCACUUUCAUAAAUGUGAGUCGCGGUUUCAGGGGGAUUCGGGCAGCAGCAUAUCGAGGUGGGUACUUAACUGUUUACCUAAUAACGUAUUUUGGCUGGAGUGGAGCAGAGCGUUGAGUCGACGUAUGGCCCACGAUACAGCAGCUAAGAGCUAGCCUGCUAACUAGAUAACUGUACAACACAGGGACCCCUAAACUUUUCAGGUCGGUAACCCCAAAGGGGAGUCCCUUGAGAUGCCAGACCCUCAAUUUUAUGUUAGUAUUCUUCGUCUUAAACAUACAUAUUUUGAGUUAAAAAAAUAUAUAUGUAUUUAUAAAUGAUAAAGGAGAGUAAACGGUGAAUCAAUGGUGCAUCCUCAAAUGUAAAUACAAAGUGAUUGCUCAUGACGUCAUCGCCACUGACCCCCCAUAUUUUGAGGUGACCCUUGGGGGUCCUUGGACUAAAGUUUUAGAUAAGAAAGAAAAAAUAAUUUAAGAGUUCUGUGUAUUAGUCAGAAUGAAAUAAGAUGCUCCUGCAGAGAGAGGUUUGAGUAGUGGAUAGCUGAGGGUGCAAGUCACGUGAUUAACAAGGAAACCAUGUAGACAGUGAUAAAAUAUAUGAUCUUGUGAAAAAAAGAUGCAAUCAUGCUGUUAAAUUCAGUGGCCUGUGAGCAACCUGAGACUAUUAUACAGGUCUAUUCACUAGGACUGGGCGAUAUAUCGAUAUAAGAAAUAUACCGAUAUAUAUUUUUAAAUGAGAUAUGAAAUUGGACCAUAUUGCAUAUAUCGAUAUAUAGAUAUCAGAUGCCAUGUUGACAGGCUGGUGUUUCUCACACAAAGAAGGACACACUUGUGUGUCCUUUAAUGUCCACCUCAAGAAAGCACUAACUUAUCAAAGUAAAAACAAAGAGGGGGAAAUGUUUACUGGGUUCAUAUUCUGUUCAUAGUCUAGUGCAACUGAUUGAGACUGAAGAAAAUAAGACAGAUAGGUAAUCUCAAAAUGAUGUUAAAAAUCAAUUGUCUUAAACUGAGCACUUUAUUUUGUAGUGUAAAUGCUGCCUGUACUAGGGUUUGUCAUAGUUAAUUAUUUUGUAGUGUUCAUUUGCAUCUGUGGGUUUGAAAGAGAGGAGAAGAAAAUCUGCAAUUUGAUUUUAUCAGGCCAUUUAUAGUUGUCAAAAUGUUGAUGCUUUUCUCAUGUAAAUAAAUUAAUUUCAGAAAAAGAUUGGCCUAUUUUACUUUAUGGGCUAUUUUUAUUUAAUAUAUAUUUUUCAUUUAAAUGUGCACCUUAUGGAGUUCCAAUUCAAAAAAAAAAAAAAAAAAAAGGUACUCCUGUGGUUAUACAGUAUUUAUGUUUACACUUUAUUGUUCUUUGAACAGCUGAGCAUAAUUUCAUCCGGCCAGUUUAAAUAGAAAUACUUGUGACAUGUCACAUUUGGCUUUGACUGUGACUAAACAUUUGCUCUCACUUUGCGAAAACAAUAUCAGGAUAUAUAUCGUAUAUCGAUAUUCAGCCUAAAUAUAUCAGGAUAUGACUUUUGGUUCAUAUCGCCCAGCCCUACUGUUUGCCGUGACUUAUUACUAUCACAUCAUCCAAAAAUAAGAAAUGACAUUUUUUCUGGACUCCAGUCCUUAAACUCAUGUGAGGUGUGUUUAGCUGAUGGUGAAACAGACUGAAAUUUACACCAAUCCCUCUUUAUGACCAACAGAAAAAAAAGAAACAUACCCUUAGCUGUGAGGUUAAGUGAUUCUCCGAGGUGGUGUGUAAUGCUUGGGUCCACUGCAAGUGGAAGACUUGAGAUGUGACAAUUCACAGCAUGCUACUGAAAGUGUGUCAUUUCCUAUUUUUCACAGCCAAGUUUCUUUGAGAGAAACAGAUUUGAAGGUCCAAAGACAAACGUUUAAUGACAGGACAAUAUCAGAUAUAAAAAAAGGAGGUACCUAUUUGACUGAUCUCCUGCACAGACCCUUGAGACAAACUAAGCAGUUCUUAGAAAUCCUGAUAUAAAGACUCAAAAACAAAGAGGAUCAAGCUUAAGCAGUGGCUGCUCAGUCUACCUUUUAAAUACAAGAUCUGUUCAGCCUCCUGAUACUUAAAUUUGCCACUAAAAGACCCAUCUUGUCUCCAUUGCCUUCAACUGGAGCUAAGCUUUCUCCUUUUUAUACCCUAUAUUUGAUAAUGUAUACCAUGUCCUUAUGGUAAAGUUUUUGAUUGUAUUUUGGCUAUAGAUUUUCUUUCUCUCAUAUAUUAUCUGGUUUUUAUGUACAGUAUAUCAUGUGGUGUGCUGGUAUUCUCUUUUGGGGGAUAUUUUCAUUUUUGUUGUUUCCUUGGUUGUACAGCUCCUUGUUUUUUUAGAUGUGCUUUAUGAAUAAAUCUGAUUUGACUUGACUUUAGGGGAUACUAAAAGUAACACAAAGUGCCUCUUGUGGCAUUAAAGGAAAAACAAUAUGUUCUGUCAAUAUAAAGAUGAAGAAGAAAAAAGGAAUUGUAUCCCACUUUGUAGAUUUUUGUAUUUCAACAAAGGUUUAUAUUUAUUUCUGCACAUUAUGGAUGAUAAUGAAUCAUAAUUAUUAAAUCUGUAAAUCAAUGGCUCAUUGCAUAGUUAGUCUUUGCUGCAAUCUGGAGACACUUCCAUGAAUCCUAAAUAGACUUACAUCAUGGUAAUAUUUCAGAGUUCUUAAUCUGACCACCUUUGUCUUUUUCAGAUCCAUCAAGAUUUCCAUGUCUGCAUCAACUCUGCAAACCAAAAGAGAUGUCUGUUGAUGAGGAUACUGUAAAAACUGGUAGUCCACAGACCAGCCCCACUUCCCCUCUGCAGCUCUCAGAAUGCACUGGAGGUUACAGUAAUAUAUCUGUGAUGGUGGAGGGUACUGCAGCAACCCCUGAUUUUGAGGUUGCUGCUUGUCCUGUCAUCGGCACUGCAGCCUCACCAAAACACACCAGCACGACCGAUGCACUCACUCACUCAGACAGUGCUGGACAGAGAGCCAGAGGGAACGAGAAUAACUUCAAUCGCAGGAACAGCUUUCAUCAUUCCAAACAACAACAGACAAAGCUCACAAAGCGCCGCAACACAGCCAACUCCAGCUUCAAGCAUCCCACAUCUGGCAAGAGGAGACGGAGGGCUAACUCUGAGAGUGACUCUGUUCUGCCCAGCAACUUUCUCCUGGGAGGGAACAUUUUUGAUCCAUUGAAUCUAAAUAGCCUCCUGGAUGAGGAGGUCAACAGGGCACUGAACGCAGAGACGCCCAAGUCCUCUCCGCUGCCAGCAAAGAGUCGAGACCCUGUAGAGAUCCUCAUCCCCAGGGACAUCACUGAUCCGCUGAACUUGAACAGCGGGAUAGCAGAUUGCAGCUUUUUGGUUUCUCCGUUCAAAAGUGGUGGCAGGAGGAGACACCGCAACAGACAUCAUGGAGGGGGAGGAGGAGGUGGGAUUUCGACCACACAGAUGAGCCUCUCAGAAUCAGGAAAAAGCGAGUUCAAAGCUGGCCCCUCUGCACCACUUCAAGGUAUGUUAGCAUCCUGCUCUGCACCAGAUAUCUCCAAAGAGUCCAACAGUUUCUCCAGCAUAACAGGGGACUCCCAUGAGCACUCAGCUGACACCUUAGGCAGCAGCAAGGAGGAGAUAACACUGGUAUCUCUGGAUGAUUCCACUUCCUCCGCAUCAGGGGGGCCAAACCAGCAGACAAGCAGGCGUAAGCGUAGGCGCAACUCUGGCAAAGCUGAGCCCCCUGUGACCCAUUCUACGCCCAUUGGAAAGUUAGGAACAGCAGACAGAAGUUUUGUUACAGGGGGGCUGAAAAAUUCUCAGUCCUUCCACACACCAAGGAGUGGUGGUCCCAGGACUGGGCCUGGAGGACGCCCACACCAGCAGCCCCACAGUCAGGGAAAUCAGCAGCAUCAGAAGAAGAAGUUCCAGUAUGGAAAUUACAACAAGUAUUAUGGUUACCGCAACCCAGGCUCAAGCGAAGACCCGCGAAUACGAGUGCUCCGUCCAGAGUGGUUUGAGGGUAAAGAUGUUCUGGAUUUAGGUUGCAACUCAGGCCACUUAACUCUCUAUAUUGCUAAAAUGUUAAGACCCGCCCGCAUACUUGGCCUUGAUAUUGAUAACGGUCUGGUUCAUGCAGCACGAAAGAACAUCAGGCAUUAUCUGUCUGAACUGCAGACCCAAGAGGCCAGACGGGCAGUGAAGGGCACCAAACAGGAGGAGAGGAAUGGGAAUGAGAGUCAGGCAGGCACAGACAAGAAGCACAAUGAAGCCGAGAGCGGGGAUGAGAAUGGGAGAGCAGUGAAAGGAGAAAGUGGCCCUGCAGAGGCUGUAAAUGACAACGACUGCUGUCACACAGAUGAGGCAGGGACCCAGAGGCAGGACGGCAAAGCAGAGGAAAUGGAGCAGGGAGAUUGUGAUUCACUCCCCGCUGAUCACUCCGUGAGCUGCUCUUUUCCCGUUUCCCUGCGGAUCUCCAGGGGGCCGAUCGCUGCACCUCCGCUAACAGAGACGUCCUCCACACGGCCGGGGGAGUUCCCUUCAAAUGUGUCCUUUGUCAAGGUAAGACGGCACAUCUCCAAUUGUGUAAACAUUUGAUCACAGCAUGAUUGAGAUUUCUAUACUAUUUCAUCAUGGGAGCUUAGAUUAAAUCUGUAUUUCACAACCAGGCACCCGCUGUGUGGGCAGGAUCUUAUACCUGUGUAUAUAUAAAUACAUAUGAGACAGCCAAGAUACUGAACCUUUAUUCUCUGUAAGACAUUUUAAAAUCUAUCCAAAUCCAUCUCUGGUGAUGGCUGCAUGCUUUGAGAAACAGUCGGAGGUUUUACUGCCUUCUCAAGAGGAACUUGGUACAAAUUAUUUGCCCACUUGUUCACCCUGAAGCCUCAUUAGGAUAAUUAUCUGGGCUGUUAAUUGGGUCUGAGUGUUCAGGUUGCACCUUGUAUCUUAUCUGGAUUAAUAACAAGGAAUGCACUCACCAUGAUGAUUAAUGGCAGCUUUCAUUACCACACAAAGUUCACAGUUUCAUCUGGUGAAUUUCAAACAGUUGGAUAACAGGGCUCGACCGUGCGACCGUUUCACUCGCAUUUGCGACUAAAAAUAGAUGUGUGCGAAUUGUAAAAUGUUCUUUUCAUAUAAAUACCGCAGUGAGUUAGUUUUAGGUUUAGGUUUACUGUAGAUCUACCUGUGUCUUCUCACUCACACAACCGGGAAUAGCAACAGCAGUGCGGUUGAAUCUACUCGGCAUCCUCGCUGAAUAAGAAGAAGGGACUAUCAAUAAAUUACUGGUUGAUGUUCUCAGAAAAGGCUGUUUUCCUUCAGUAGCUUCCAUGUCAUGUGGCCAGUUGACCUAAAAUUGAUUUCAAAUAGCAGUACUUGUGUCGACCAAUAAGACAAACAUUAUUUGAUUAAGUUUCAAAGUUCUUUGUGUGCCCCUUACAAUUUCAACUUAAGAGCACAUGUGCUCCUUGUGAAAAUAGUUAGUGUCAAGUCCUGGAUAAAUCUAUUUAAAAUUGACAAGAAUUUUAGGACUUUUAUGAUGAUAUUGUUGUUUUGUUAAACAAAAAGAUACCACAGUCAUCCUCACUUUUGACAAGGAAGGAUCAAAGAGUAUCAACUGUAUGUUGGCCAGUAGGGAUAGGCGAUAAAUUAUCCUUCAUGAUACAUCGCCAGAAAAAUCCUCCAUGAUAAAUAUUUGCCAUCUCAUGAUAAAUACGAUAAAUGCAAGUUGAUGACGUAAGCAGGAGUGGUGGACCCUCAGCCAUAGCCCACACAGAGCAGAAUAACAAACAAACAUGGCCGAAGGUAAUGAAGAAGACGUUUCUGAGCAGCUCGUACUGAACGAGGUUCCACAUGAGGGACUUUCUUUAAGAUUGGGGCUUAGAUGAGGACAAUCAGUUAUGCCUGACAUCGGACAGUGGAUCUGCUGCUGUUCACUCUGUGCAAUAAGAGUUUUCAACAAAUGUGUUGAAAAUCUUGUUUGAUGUCAUUAAUUUUCUCCAUAACCCACCACUCAAACUUGUGGUUAAGUAUCUUAUUUGACUACCCCAACUGGUGUUCUCAAGACAAAAUGAGUCAAAAAUAUAGAUUGGAACUAUAAUAUUUUUAUCCGGACUUUUAUUGUUAUCGCCAGAAUGGCAAAUCUUAUUGUGAUAAUUUUUUUUAGCCCAUAUCACCCAUCCCUAUUAGCCAGUUCAUUGACUAUUUUAUGGGUCCUCUAACAACAAAGCAUGUGUGCAAGUUUCAUCUCACAACAGAUGAUCUACUCUUGUUCAAACUCUGGUUGUGGAGGGAAUGUCCGCUCGUUUUUCCAUAUUGGUGUCUUUGAAUCUGUUGCCAACUUGUAGCUCACUAUUCUCUGAAGCUGCUGGUGAUACAUGGAAUCAUAGUGAAGCUGGAAGCAGCAAAAAGGAGCCAGUCUGUCCUUGUCUCCAGUUUGAUGUUGCUAUGUGGCUGGAAGCAUUUCUGAUGGCAUCAGUACCACCCUCAGGCAAGAAAACGCCAGCUAUUACAACAGCGUUUUCAUAUGAAUAUCAAGGAUUUUAAUGAAAAGUAUUUUAAUUCUAAAUUCCAUCAAGGCUUUGGGCCUCACAGGCUUUGUGUGGGCAGCUGUAUAAAUUGGCUGGAUGCAGAAAGCGUAGUGUUUCUGAAUGAAAUCAAUAGUAGCCUCCUCCCUGCAAUGAGCAUUAGAGCUAAUGGAAGAGCAGCACAGAGCUUAUCCUGUAAACGAGCCGAAAGCUUGAAGAAGAGUGCUUGAGCCCCACAGCCUGCACAAUUCAAAAUGGAUUAAAGGCGGACAUGUCAGGCUGCCUUCUAUUUCUUUGACAAAUCUCGCCUGAAAUUGGGUUAAACUGAGAUGAGUGUAUUUAUAUUAUGAAGUCACAGACGUCUCGAUUUACUCCAUGUUUCUUUCAUUAAUCACAAAAAUCUUUGUCACCUCUCUUUCACCUUUUCUGGGUGUGUGUGGAGGUGAAAUUCCGGGUAUUUUUUGCACCUGUGUAUUUCCUGUCAUAGAUACCACAUUCUGUUCUGAUAAAGAAACCACAACCUUGUUGUCAUUCAAGAGGAAUAUUUGCUUUUUGAAUAAAGCGUGAUUGUGAUUGAAUGACUCUGCAGAUGUUUCUCCUCAACCAAGUGGUCUUAUUACCUUUUUUGUUCCUUCAGACACCAGUUAUUAGGCGUGGGAGUACAAAACGAUACAGCAUAGUAUUGCAAUAUUUUGUCUGGGGUUAUAUAUAGUAUCGUCUCAUUUGCCAAGUAUCGAUUUUUCCAUAUUAAUUGCUAAAAUGAAGUCAAAUCUAUGAUAAUGGAAAAAUAUAAUCAACUGUUUGUCCGUUGAGGUUGGCAGAGGUGACUUCAUAGAGCAGGAGAAAGUUACUGCAACAAAUAUAUAUAAGGUUUGCAAGAUGUGCUACAUAAAAAUAAAAUACAGUGUAAAUAAGACAAACAUAAAAGAAAGACAAAUGCUAAAUUUGCUUAACAGUUGAAUAAAAUGUAUUAAUCGCAAUAUAUUGUAUCGCAAUACUCACUGUAUUACAAAAUGUUAAAAAUCGAGAUAAUAUCGUAUCGUGGCCCAAGUAUCGUGAUAAUAUUGUAUCGUGGGACCACAAGUGAUUCCCACCCCUACCAGUUAUGCAAGUUAAUCUGUGCUGAAAUGGUAGGGUUAUACCUUGCAGAUACAUUUGUCUCUUAGAAAUGUUUGUACUUGUAACUAUAGUUAUUAAAACUUUUAGCCUUCUCUGUUCUUUAAAACAAAGUGCUUUUAAUGUCAUGGAGAAUUAGACAAAAGCUUUCCUAUUAUCGUAUUUUUCACUCUCAAUGUCGAAGCAGUAAAAUUAUUUUUUUAGGGUUUUUUUUUUCCAUUGACUCCCUUUUAAAUAAUGACAAAGACCCAUCUCAACUGUCCAAUGACUUGUAUGUUCAUUUACUGAAGCAGGAGCCAGCUGAAUGCAAAUUUGACUAUUGUCCCACUCCUCACUAAUAGCUCAAAAUUUUGUGGAAGAAGGAGUUUAAAAAUACUUAAUGAUUUUUCCUCUAUCCUGUUAAAUGUGAUGAUAUGAGAGAGCUGCGUAUCACUGCACUGCUCUGUCAUAUAAACUCUUAUACCAGUGGUUCUCAAUCCAGUCCUCGAGGCCCACUGUCCUGCAUGUUUUUGAUGUUUCCCUGCUCCAACACACCUGAUUCAAAUGAUCAGCUCGUUAUCAAGCUCUCAAAUGGCUUAAUAACGAGCUGAUCAUUUGAAUCAGGUGUGUCGAGGACUGGAUUGAGAACCACUGUCUUAUACGGACUUAAUUCCAAAUGCAUUUUCAGAUACUCGACUUUCAGCUGUUGUGAUGCCUCAGAUGUUUCAUGUAUCAGCAGGUCUCUACAGAAUUGAACUCCUAACACUCAUGUACAUACCCCUUCUCUUUUUCAGGCCAAUUACGUCCUGGAUAACGAUAAUCUUCUCGUGACCCAGCGGCCAGAGUACGACGUGAUCCUGUGCUUGAGCGUUAGCAAGUGGGUUCACCUGAACUGGGGAGACAGCGGCCUCAAGCGGCUCUUCAAGCGGGUGUACAGACAUCUCCGUCCAGGAGGCUUGUUCAUCCUGGAGCCACAGCCCUGGGAGUCCUAUGUGAGGAGGAAGAAGCUAACGGUAAGAAACUGGAAUGGCAGGGCUAUCGUGAAAUGAAAUCACCCUGGGCUACACCAGGCGCGCCUACUGAAUUUAAGUUUUCUUUAAAUAUUUCUUUUUUUUUUUCAUUCGACAGGAUAAUAUUAACAGGAAUUAUCACAACAUCCGCCUCAAACCAGAUCAGUUUCCAUCAUACCUCACAAACGAGGUGGGCUUCACCAAUUUUGAGUACCUUGGAGCCCCCAAGUGUUCAAUUAGAGGUAAUGAAAUGAAUUGUUUGAACAAGUUUCAGCAUUUGAUAUCAUCUCACCACUACAGCUUGAUGUUCAACCGUUCUCUCCUCUUCAAUAGGUUUUCAGAGGCCAAUCUUCUUAUUUCACAAAUGACCGCUCCUGCCUUGAAGAUCUUUGAAUGUGAGUAGCCUGAAUCACCAACCAGACAAACAAGCCAGUCAGCUGCCCUGGACUACAUGGAGUCAUCUCACUCCUUCAGUUUCCCCUAGCUACUCAGACGCUGGAGAUGAAAUUCAGAGAGAGGAACGGGACCACGAGUGGAAGCGAUUUCACAAGGAUGAGAUGUUUCCAGGAGAAACACCAAUCAGAAAUACAGAAUCCUCUUUGACUGCAGUUUCUUCAAAGAACAACAGAGUGAGCGCAGAGAGGACUCCUCCGUGUCUGACCAGAAGACGAAUGUCCAGUUUGAGCUGACUGCAGAAGAGGUGCUCACCUGACUUUAUCAUUUCCUUGAACUAUCCUAGUGCUAACGAUGCCCCAGUUUGGCCAUAAAUAUGACUGAAUAUCUUUGGCCACAUAUCUCUACGUUCACAACCUUGUUCUGUUCCACCAUAUCACCAUAUUGUAAACAUAUUAGGGUUGGGAGACAGGAUAGACUUUUCCAAUUGAUCACUGCCUCUAAACUCUAAAAAAGCCAUCAUCUGAUCAUACGGUCAAGAAAAGCAGCACCAUUGUGUGGGUGAUAUGUUUCAUUCAAUCAGUGAGGCUUCACGGUACAGAUUAUGCUGCAGCAAGUGAUGGCAGAAGAAUCAGGACUUGUCAUUGAAGAACAUUAGAGCCCAUUCAGUUUAGUGAUUUAAAACGGCUAAAUUACAUCAGCCAAAGAUUCUUAAAAUGAAAUGCUGAUGUUUUUUGUACUAUCUCCCCACCCUGAUAUUGUUGUCAUUAUUUUGCAAAAUAGGCCAAAGAGCUGAAUGAACUCUAAUCUGUCGAGGAGCCGUGAGAAUUCAGUACUCGUUUCAAAAUUGUACUUUAUGAAAGCUCCUAAAUUGCACAAACCUGAGAGCCUAUGAAGUGACAAGUGUCUCGAUUGAGGGUUAGAGAAAGAAAUGCACAAAGAGAAAGUUACAUUCGAAACAGCACAGACAGAAAUAAUCUGGUGAUUUGUGAAUUCUUAAACAGUGGAUCACAAAGAGGUUUUGAAAGGAUGGUCCUUUAAGCAGUGGUUCUCAAUCCAGUCCUUAAGUCCCCCCCCACUACUGUCCUGCAUUUUCUGGAUGUUUCCCUGCUCCAACACACCUGAUUCAAAUGAUCAGCUCGUUAUCAAGCUCUGUAAUGGCUUGAUAACGAGCUAAUCAUUUGAAUCAGGUGUGUUGAAGCAGGAAAACAUCCAAAACAUGCGGGACAGUGGGGGCUCGAGGACUGGAUUGAGAACCACUGCCUUUAAAGGACACUGAGUUCCUUUAAAACUAUAAGUGAUGAUGCAGUCAUCAAAUAUUAAAUGUUUUUAUCACAACAUUAAGACUGUACUUAGUUUUGAACAUGCCCUGUCGGUUUAUGUUGGACUUUGACAGCUACAUCACCAAGAGUAAGAGAUCCCCAAGUGAAACUUUAAAUACCACAUUUUUAGGAGAUAAUAUUCUGGCUUUUUAAAUGUAAACUUUCUUUGACUUUUCUUGAGUGUCUUGGAGUAAAAAGCUGGUCAGGAAGCAAUGAAUCACUUCAUGGGUUCUUAAAGCCUUACUGAUGCUCCAUCCCAAUGGUAGGGGGCACAUUUGAGCUGUGUUGACACCUCGGUGUGAGCUAAGCUCUGAAUAAUUCAGCACAGAGAGACCACAAGGACUAUUUUGCAAGGUAGAUCUGUAGCAUGCAGUGAUGUGUUUCUUUUCUGAUGACGGUAAAGCCAUAGUUCCUCUUCAUGUGUUGUUGAAAAUUGUCCUUCAUGAGGUGCUGACUGAGUGACUAAUUAGGAGUGCAAUGAAAAAAACUAAGAUCCUGUUAUUAUUGAUGCUGUAUGACUCUUAACAUAUGCAUCAUUUUAAGUGGGCUAAUCAUAACUACGGAACAGGCUCUAAUUUAAUCAGCAGUUUAAUCAUUUUCUAGCUCUUUAGUAAAAAUAAACUUCUCCAAGACUGGGCAAACAUUCACAUCUGUUGAAAAGAAAUUGUGUCUUAAGUGACUAUAAAGAAACCACAGGACCCUUUUUAAAUGAGUGUGCUGUUUGGGAGUACUGCCAACAUUUUUAUAAGGGCCUUUUCUCUUGGAUUUAACUAAAUAUCCUAUCAACUUAUUCGUCUUUAUCCUCAUGAGGACUCUUAAGAGUUACAGGCAGUCGGUCUUUGUGAUUGUAUCUUUAUUAGAUUGCACCGCUGCUGCUCAUCAACUUUUCAUUUUCAGAGACUCGGACACAAAGUCCUCCCUGUUUUGUGGCUGGUUCAUUUUUAUCACUUGGCAUACUAGGAGAGGAGAUGAUGAAGAAGAUCGGCGAUUGUGUGUGUCUAUUUUAGUAAAUGAUCAAUGUAAAUAAGUUUCAACAUUUUCUUUCACUGUUGUCUGUAUUAAGUUCAUAACUGCUUUUGACUUUUUCCAGUGGAUUUUUUUUUGUCCUGUUUUUCAAAUGUUUGCUGCCAAGUUGUGUGUGAGUCAAAGGUCAGAGUUUUUGACCUAAAAUGGGCCACUGAUCCGGCUCUGUAUCAAGAAAUGAGUAUGUACAUUUCAAAGCUCAGAUGUGUUUGAUUUGUUCUGUCCUGGCAGGCGAAUGGAUUGUUAGAUUGGCUCUUUAUUUUUUUAUAAACUGUUUGAAAGGAG